AGAGGUGUCCAAUCAGAGCGCGGCACAGCCUCAUUUCCGCUUCACCCGUGACGCACCUACUCCUUUUCCUGAUCCAAGUGGACGUGGCCUGUGGACUUCAUAUCAAUCACCCAUGCAGCGCUGCCUCACUCUGACUAUUGCCCGUCACAGCAGGCUUCUUCUCAGAAACAAAUUUGCAUCGGUCUACUACAAGCAGUCAGCAGCUAUGUCAGGACUUCUAAUAAAUCAGCAGAAAUACUCCUGGCUCAAGGAGCUAGGCCUGUCAGAAGACAACCCCGGAGUGUACAAUGGAAGCUGGGGUGGCAGUGGGGAAGUUAUAACAUCAUAUUGUCCUGCCAACAAUGAACCAAUCGCAAGAGUCACCCAGGCAACGAUGGCAGAGUAUGAAGAAACUAUUCAGAAGACCAGAGAAGCUUGGAAGAUCUGGGCAGACAUUCCAGCACCAAAAAGAGGGGAAAUUGUUAGGCAGAUUGGUGAUGCUUUAAGAAAAAAGAUCAAUGUGCUUGGCAGUCUUGUGUCACUAGAAAUGGGCAAGAUCUAUGUUGAAGGUGUGGGUGAGGUUCAAGAAUAUGUGGAUGUCUGUGAUUAUGCUGUAGGCCUAUCUAGAAUGAUUGGUGGCCCCAUUCUGCCUUCAGAAAGACCAGGGCAUGCCUUAAUUGAACAGUGGAACCCAGUAGGUCUUGUAGGCAUCAUCACUGCCUUCAACUUUCCUGUUGCUGUUUAUGGCUGGAACAAUGCCAUCGCACUGACCUGCGGUAAUGUCUGCCUCUGGAAAGGAGCCCCCACCACACCCCUCACAAGUGUUGCAGUUACCAAGAUUGUAGCUGAAGUUUUGGAGAAAAAUAAUCUUCCAGGUGCCAUCUGCUCCAUGACCUGUGGAGGCGCUGAUAUUGGCACAGCGAUGGCCAAGGAUGAGCGUGUCGAUCUGCUGUCCUUCACAGGCAGCACUCAUGUGGGCAAACUCGUGGCCAUGAUGGUGCAGGAACGAUUCGGCCGCAAACUUCUGGAGCUGGGUGGGAACAAUGCCAUUAUUGUGUUUGAAGAUGCAGAUCUGAAUCUUGUGGUCCCCUCUGCUGUGUUUGCCUCUGUAGGAACAGCAGGCCAACGCUGCACCACAACCAGAAGGUUAAUGCUGCAUGAAAGUCUCCAUGACGCUGUGGUGGAAAGAGUUGUCAAAGCCUACAAACAAGUCCGCAUCGGAGAUCCCUGGGACCCCAGCACUCUCUAUGGGCCUCUGCAUACCAAACAAGCCGUAGACCAGUAUCUGGCAGCUAUUGAGCAGGCCAAACAACAAGGAGGCACUGUGGUUUGUGGAGGAAAGGUAAUGGACCGCCCUGGUAACUACGUUGAGCCUACUAUCAUAACAGGGCUGGCUCACGAUGCUCCCAUUGUCCACACAGAAACCUUUGUUCCCAUCCUCUAUGUUCUGAAGUUUAACACUGAAGAGGAGGCUUUUGCCUGGAACAAUGAGGUCAAACAAGGUCUUUCCAGCAGCAUCUUCACCAAAGACAUGGGUCGCGUUUUCCGCUGGCUGGGGCCCAAAGGAUCUGACUGCGGCAUUGUGAAUGUCAACAUUCCUACCAGUGGAGCAGAGAUUGGAGGAGCCUUCGGUGGGGAGAAACACACAGGAGGGGGAAGAGAGUCAGGCAGUGACUCUUGGAAGCAGUACAUGAGGCGUUCAACAUGCACAAUAAACUACAGCAAGGAUCUUCCUCUUGCUCAAGGAAUCAAGUUUGAGUAAACGGCGUAAACGACCUCAAUCAAAUGAACACACAAUAUUAAACCCCCACAGUGAUGGUGUUGUCUCAAAAAUAUUUGCCAUCCGGUAGAAAUAUAUACAAUUAAAAAAAGGGUCAAGUGAAAACCAAAGAGUUCUUCUGGUUUUGAUUACUCCCAAAUUAAGCACUUCUGAAAAAAUGUAAACCAGACUGUUUCAAGUUUUUAAAGAUGGUGGAAAAAAUUGUACAUUUAGUAUAUGAUCAAUAGCAUUAUCAUUUCUUUGGAUACACCCUGGGGUGCUUCACUACACCUUUUGGGAUUUGACGGUUUGAUACUGACUUGCGGUUCAAGAUUUUUUUGAAAGGUCAAAGCGUUCUUGUGUUUCAAAGCAAUAUUUAGAAAUAGUAACUAAAUAAUUUUAUUUUUCUAAACAAUAAUUUCAGUAGACAUUAUGUAAUGAAAGUAUUGAAGAAAAAUUCAAACUGCAAUGUUGCUUCAGCUGUGAAAUUUGUUCAAUAAAAAUACUUAAUGUUUACACGC